CUCUUCCCCCCUCCCGGCCGCCUUUCCUUCUUCGCCUUCCUCCUUCUCUCCCUCUGUCUCCUUCUCCCGCUGUCCCUGUUUUUACCUCCGCCAUGUGGAAGCCCGGUUCCCUGGCCCCAGACGCCCCGGAGCCCGGCAACCCCCCUCCUGCCAGUCGAGUCCCGACCACGGCCCCGCCUGUCUCGCCGGAGGUCGUCUCCCCGGACCACUCCUAUGUGGUGUCGCGUUACAAGACACAGCUCUUGGCUCGACUUGCCGGCCACCGAGUUGUGGCCCUCUUUGCAUCCGGCCUUGAGCCGCCGCCUUGCGCGGUCGUCCGGCCGGCCGCCGGGAUUCAGCGGCCAGCCCAGGCAUUCGGCGGCGAGCCUGCCCCCGUCGGGCUCGGUAGCUCCGUCGGCUCGCCGCAGCUCCUAUGGGCCGAUGGCUUCGGCCUGGACUCUCAGAUCCCCCAGAUCCUGGAUGACAGCGGUUGGACCGCAAAUGGGAAGGCCAUUGGAUAUGUCGUGUCGACGAGUGUCGACGCGCAGCACCUUGCCCACCGCGCGGCCAUCGAGCGGGGCCGCGAACGGCCGGAUUAUGCCUGGGUUGGCUCGCUUCCCUCCAAGGAUCUGCUCUUCCAGGAUACGCCAGCGCGCGUAGUUUACCUCAGCGCAUCGGCCAUGGUGGCUGAGCUGCUGCGAGACCCUCUGGCUUCGCGUUUCUCGGUCAUCCUGGUGGAUUUCGGCCACUCGCUCAGCAAUGCACCCCUGGGCAUGGGGGACACAAGUCCCUUCCCCUCGACGGCCCCCCUGUCGAUGGGUCUCGUGGCAUCACUGCUCCGGAAACUAUCCAAGUCCCCGAUGCGCGACGACCUUCGUCUCGUGCCAAUUUUCCGCCUCGGCCAAGAGACCCUCUGCCAAGGGGCAAAUCCCACGCGUCGGGAAUGGACCGCUGAUCAGGCCCGCCUUGACGCCGGCCUCCGUCGCCUGUCGAUCGCCAUCGAGCGGUACUUCGCCCCGGCCGCCCCUUCCACUGAGGGUCCGGAGCCUGCCGCAUAUGCCGAGCUCCUGCUGGACAGUGGCCUCUCCUCGGGUCCAGCCCCCCUUGUGACCGUGUCCCCGCCGGACAAUGUCCUCCGGUCGGUGUGCUCGCUGAGUCCCGAGCAAGGUGCGCCAGCUGUGCUGGGCGCCUUGCGUGCUGCCGCUUCAGCGGCCCUCCUUCUAUCCGAGAGCACAUCGCUGCUGGAGACAGCGCUGGCUGGGGCACAUCCACAAGUGUUGGCUGGUCGCCGGCGCUUCAAUGUGGCCCUGGUCCAGUGUCCCUGCUCUUCGGCCAUGAACACGGCAGCCGAGCGCCUUGGGCGGUUCUUUUCCUCAUCCACAGGCUUCGCCGAUUUCAGUGUUGUGUCCACACUUGACACGGACCGGCGUCUGCCACGCUUUCGUAGCGGCCGGAAGCUGAUCAUCCUCGCGGCCGAGCCAGCCCUGGCCACCAACCCGGCCGACCCGAUCCCCGUGCACCCGUCCUUCCGCCAUGCUGUCAUCCGGACAUUGGAGGGGCUUGUUACGGCCGGCUGGCCGGCGGCCGGGCACUACCGACGCAUGGGUGCCGGGCAGCGAGCCCUGGCCCGUGUGGACCUCCUGGUGGACAGCUGUGUCUUCAGUGCGACGCUCUUUUCCCCGGGGCUCGGGCGCGAUGUCACUGUCCCGUCAGUGGUAUCCGGCCCCGUGGCCGGUGCCCCGACUACCACGCCAGAAUGCCCCCUCCCGACGGCACACUUCCUGGCCCUGCUGCCGCUUCUCCUGUCCUUGGACUUGCGCUUGGCGGUGCUGUGUCCGCCGCUGACCCUGGACGGACUCACUCUGGUCGGCCAUCCCCCGGGCACCAGUGCCGCGCUGACCAAUGCUGCUACCACACUCAUCGCCAUUGGUGCGCGCGACCUCGGCCGAUAUGCCGCGCCCCCGGUCGGUAUCCACACGACCACCAGUCGCCCACUGUUGAGCGGCUGGGAGGCGGUUCGCGCGAUCGAGAAUGUGGCGGCUCUUGGCCUGGUGGACCCUCAAACGGGCCGGCCCCUGGCCACCCUCGGCGCGUCGACUCUUCCUUCUUCCGUGGUUCGGCUUUGCACCUGGCUCUGCUGGUCACUGGGCCUGCGCGAUGGUGUGGCCGAUGCCGUAUCGCUCCUGCAUGCCCAGUCGACCGACGUCCUGGAGGGUGCUGCCGCCACCCUGGCCGUGCUUCGACAGGGCGGCCUUGCUAAUUUGCUCCAGCCCGCCAGCCCCAAGGCGCAGGAGGAGCUCCUGACCGAUCACGGCUGGGCCAGCGCCGAGGGCGAUGCCGUCACCGCUUGGAAUGUCAUCCGUGCAUUCGACUUUGCCAUGACCUUCCGCAAUCCGGCCCUCUCCGAGUAUGAGUAUGCCCGAUCCUGGGCCCAUGACCACCGGCUGAAGCUCCCGCCCCUGCUUCAGGCAUACAAGUACACCCGAGCCUUGAUCACCAGCGUCCGAGCAUGUCUGCCCGGAUCGGCGGCCGAUUCCCCUCUCUUCGCCGACAGCCAUGCCCUCCCGGCUGACGGCCCCUCACGACUGAUCCGGGCUCUGCUGGCCGGCCGGCCGCGCGCCGUCUGUGCCCUGGCUCCGGUGCCCAGCGGGCUCUAUUCCCUGUCCAGUGGGGCCGCUCUGAGGCCGCAUUACGGGCACUACGCCCGGGCGGCCGGGUUCGCCGGGCCCGGCGACGCGAUCAGCGCCCUUUGUGCUCCUGCCUUCUCGGCGGCCGAUACCCUCCGGCCGAAUGAGCUCUUCACAAUCCACACAUCCAGUGUCCUGCACCGCUACGCCCCGAAUGUUGUUCUCUACAUGGAUGUCGAUAACUCCACACUUCCGGAAGCUCCAGCCGGCCUGCGCUUUGUCUCGGUCAUCAGCCCCAAGUGGCUCCCUUCGACUGCCCGGACGGUUUACUCCUCUUAAUUGGGCCGCACCAGGCUCACGUGUACACCAGAACCCGGUUCUACACCCGAACACAUGCCAACCGCCACAGCUACCAACGCAUGUACCGCAUGCGCCACAAGGCCCUGGGCUGGGCGGCCGGGGCGUGCGUGCGCAUGCCCCUUCCCUUCCGCUUGCCCCGCCGCCGAGGGGGGGGGGGCGGGGGCGGCC